AUGAAGGCCCUGGCUGGCUGGUUGGAGGAGGAGCAGGAGGAGGAUGCAGUGUCCCCUCCUUCUACGAGGCGCUUCCUCGACAUCGCAACCAAGACGUUCCGACAAGGUGUGGCAUUGCGCGCCUCCCCUCCCAUGUGUCUGGGGUUGGAGGUGCUGCUUAAGAGCCCGCUCGAGCAUGUGGAAGGAUUCUCCUUCUGCCUCUCCAAGGCCGCGAACUCAGUCAAGGGCAAAGUUGCAGCUCUCGUCCGAGCCGGCGACGUGCAGAUGAUCGGAAGCGUCGACGACAAGGGCCAGCUGGAAGCCGUCGCUGAAACCAAGGCUCUCGCAAAUGGAUUGACCCUGCGAGUCAAAGGUGAGAGGAAAGGGAACAAGAAGAACGUCAGGAAGCAGCAGCAGCAGCCGCAGCCGCAGCCGCAGCCGCAGCAGCAGCAGCAGCAGCAGCAGCAGCAGCAGCAGCAGCAGCAGCAGCGGCAGCAGCAGCUGCCGCAGCAGCAGCAGCAGCAGCAGCAGCAGCGGCAGCGGCAGCGGCAGCGGCAGCGGCAGCGGCAGCGGCAGCGGCAGCAGGACAUGGCUGGGGGGAAGAGGAGGAGGGGGUGGGGUUCUCACUGUGCAUGCAUUCAAAGGGUCAAAAUCGCGAUCCGACGGAGCUUCUGCCGUCUUUUCGGCUGCUUACACCAUGACAAGCCCACGAGCAACCGGUGA